GCGUGCACAUAAACGCGUGACGACGGCACCGAACAGCCAAUAGCGCUAAACAUGGGGGGGAAGCAGGUGUGCAUACUUUCGGUUGAAAAGCAAGAAAUUAUUUUGUGGAAAUCUGAGGACUUAUGAGGCUGCCAAAGCUCGGGAACAUUGGGAACAUUUACUGUGUAAAUCCUCCUAAUAGUACUUGCACAAUGCUCUAAGAUGGUCAUUGUCUAUAUAUAGACAGGACAGCAGAGAGAAAUUCCCGAUAACACACCUUGUUUUACACACCUGCCAUCACCAACGAGACUAGCUAACCAUUAACCAUUAACCAUCAGGUAACAAGCCAAGCCUUGGCCAUUCAUUAUCCUGUCGUUUCUUUCAAUAAACAAAUCAUUGUUGAAACUGUGCUGUGGACCAAGGGAUAAUUGAAAGAUCAGGAAGGAAGGCUGAGGAAGGCCAACCAAUGCCAGAGCUGCACCUUAUCAUCUGAUGUCAUUUCUCAGGUAGUUCAGGCUUUUUUACUGUAAGCACUAUAAAGAUUACAAGGGCAGGUCCAUGCAUCCAGAUCACUCUGCCUCGUUCUGAAUACAAUGAAACAUGGUGAAUCAGGACAUGCUUGUAAUAUAUUUGAGUUUUGCUAACUCCAGGAUUAUUGACUUCAUUCUCUGAAUAAAAGUAAGAAAGAGUGAUUAGUGCUAAGUUUACCAGAGGAACAAAGACACUAUGGCUGCAUUGGGGCUUGAGAUUCUGGGAAUAUCGCUCUCUGUUCUCGGCUGGAUCCUCAGCAUUGUGUGCUGCGCCCUUCCCAUGUGGAGGGUCUCUGCAUUCAUUGGAAAUAACAUAAUUACAGCUCAGGUUUUCUGGGAGGGCAUUUGGAUGAACUGUGUGUUCCAGAGUACCGGACAGAUGCAGUGCAAAAUCUACGACUCCAUUCUGGCUCUCCCGCAGGACCUGCAGGCAGCCCGAGCUCUGACCGUAGUGGCUGUUGUCCUGGGUAUCCUGGCUCUUCUGGUGUCUAUUGUGGGAGCUAAGUGCACCAACUGCAUCGAGGACAAGGUUGCAAAAGCCCGUGUGAUGAUCGUUUCUGGUGUCAUCUUCAUAACCGCAGCCAUCACGCAACUUAUCCCUGUCUCCUGGUCGGCCAAUACCAUCAUUCGGGAAUUCUACAGUCCAAUUGUGCCUGAGGCACAGAAGAGGGAGAUUGGUGCGUCACUGUAUUUGGGCUGGGGUGCUGCGGCCAUGUUGCUGGUUGGUGGCUCGAUUUUGUGUUGCAGCUGUCCGCCAGCAGAAAGGCAAGCGAAAUAUAUUCCUGCAAGCCGCGUGGCUUAUUCCACGACUAACCGUUCAGUGGCUCCCAGCUCUUACAGCAGGAAAGACUAUGUCUGAAGAUAUCUCAGCUGCAUUAGAGUGCUUCAGGUGAUUUUCUCUGAUGUCUUAGUGAGAAGAAAUGCAGCCAUUUGAGCUCAGGUGUCCCAAGCUGGUCAUGUUUUACCUGGAGUGUUUUUAUACACCACACAUCCCAAUGCAUGGACAUCUAAAGGACAUGCUGAAAUGAAUAUUUAUUCGUGUUCUUGUUUUCAGAACAUUCUAUAUAUUCUUAAGAUUUCAUUCUUGUUUACCAUUGAACCAUAUGUCAAUUUAGAUACAGGGUAGGUCAAUAAAAGUUGAUUUGUUUUACUUGUUUUAUUUUGGAACUUGAACUAUUGAUAUUGUGAUCUGUUGUUAAAAAAAUAUAUGUUUAAUUCCUAUCCAUUUUUAGGCCUUUUUUACUUAAUUAUAAGAAAUAUAGUAAACAUAAUGUACCAUUAUUGCAUUUGUGAUCACAUUUUAAUCAGUAUCCAUGUUUAAAUGUACUCUCAUGCAAUCAAGUUUAUUAGCAUGCUUGUGAAUGAUCAAAAUAUUACAAUAAAUAUGUUUUUCAAUAUUUCAGCUUAGCCUCUUUUAAAUGUAUAAUUCAUGAUUAUGCCAGGCAUUUAAAUACUUACAAAGCCUAUAUUUACAAUCACUGUUUAACAUGAUAUUUAGUCAUUUGCAAUAGCAUGAUAUUCAAUACUUUGCAAUAAUUAACUAAUAAGUCUUUGCUCAUUAGUCAAAUCAGUUGAAAGUCAUAUUAAGAGUUCAUAUAUAACUUAAAAUAUUCUCUAUAGGCCAAAACAUUCUCACAUAUAAAUAAUUUGUAUAUUUC